AUGGCGAAGGAUGAAGUCGCGAUCAGUGCCAGGACCACACUGUGGUACCUCGUGUUUGUGGGUUUCGCCGUGAACUACAUGAUCCGCAUCAACACGAACAUCACGAUCGUGGCAAUGAUCAAGCAACCAGAUAUGCAGUUCACUGGUGAGGUGAAGGUGGACUAUGCUUGCUACGUGCCGGCGGGCAACGGCUCCACUGAGCAGUUAUAUACCCCCAGCACAGGGUUCAACUUAUUGCGAUCGCAAAAAGAUCGCAUCCGUUCACCGGAACAAAUUUUGCUAUCGCUGCUUCACUUAGACCUCCAGAAGCAGGGUUUCGAGUGGAGCGAGUACCAGCAGGGGUUGAUUUUGGGUGCGUUUUACUGGCUACACUGGAUCACCCAGAUACCAGGUGGUAUCCUGGCGAGACGCUAUGGCACAAAGCUCGUAUUUGGUGCCAGCAACGUGAUCGGCUGCUGGAUGUGCUGCUUGAUGCCGAUUGCUUCCUACUGGGACUACCGCGUGCUGGUAGUUCUGCGUGUCCUCCAGGGGCUCGUUUGCGGACUGGCUUGGCCCGCCAUGCACCAUAUGGCUGGUCAGUGGAUCCCACCGAACGAGCGGAGCAAAUUUGUGACGGCGUACCUUGGCAGCUCAGUCGGAGUAGCGCUCAAUUUCCCACUGUUCGGGUACAUCAUCUCGUGGUCAUCCUGGGAGUAUGUAUACCACUUCUGUGGUGUGUUUGGGACCGUUUGGUACGUAGCGUGGCUGUACUACGUGUACGAUUCACCCGCCGAACACCCACGCAUUCAUCCGAGCGAGCGAAAGUACAUCGAGAGCUCGCUCGGUCUUUCGGAAGCAAAGUCGUCGACAUCCCAACGACAGCACGCCGAACAGCCAACACCCUGGAGGCAGAUUGUGCUCUCGAAACCACUCUGGAUGACGAUCGUCGCGCAAUGGGGAGGCAUCUGGGGUUUAUUCACGCUCAUGACGCAAGCCCCAACAUACUUCAACAACGUGCACGGAUGGAACAUCAAAAUGACGGGAUUGCUGUCGGGUAUUCCUCAUCUAUGCCGCAUGCUUUUCGCGUACGUCUUCUCGAUCAUUGGCGAUCACCUGCUAAAGCGUGAGCUUAUGUCGAGGACUGGUGUGCGGAAAAUGGGUGGAACUUUGUGCUGUCUGGUGAAUGGAGUAUUCGUGUUUGGGCUCGCAUAUUCCGGCUGUAACUCACUGUUGGCGACCGUAUUCUUGACCUUAGCCACCACCGUGCAUGGAGCCGUAUCGACGGGUCCACUGGCGAACCUCGUCGACAUGAGUCCUCGGUAUGCUGGUAUCCUGUUAGGGUUUAGUGGCAUGAUCACGGUUGUGCCUGGUUUCAUAUCACCCAUCAUCGUCGGUAUGCUCGGAAAUCACACCGUGGAGCAAUGGAAGAUCAUUUUCCUUAUCACGUCCGGUACGCUGAUCGUAUGUGGCGUGCUUUACAUGGCGUUUGCUGACUCGACCUUACAGCCGUGGAACUCCUGUGAGGAUGUGACUUCAGUGAACAUCAGCGCGGACGAGUUGGAGGAGUUCAAUCCAUCGCAGCUUACGGUGAUUCCAGUAAAGCAGGAUCAACCUACCAGCGACGAUCCUGAAACCGUUCGUUUGAGCUCAGUUUAGCGACAGUAUUAGCCAAAGUGGAAUGUUUCUUUUCCGUUCCUUGUUUUUGUCAAUCUCGGUGCCAAAGUUGUGAAUAAAUGCAA